AUGGACCAAUCUCUGUUCCUCAUCCUGGUGUUCUCAGGGCUGUCCAUCCUCCCCUCAUGCCUCCCUCAUCAGUUCCACUUUGUGAACAUGAAUAAGACCUGGACUGAAGCUCAGAGAAUCUGCAGACAGAACUACACUGACCUGGCCACCAUAGAUGACACGGCAGAUAUGGAGAAGCUCAAUAACACUGUAGCAGCUAGUUGGAGUGGAUCAGCCUGGAUAGGGCUGUAUACUAACAGCUGGAGGUGGUCUCUGGUAGACAGAGAGUUAGAGGGGGAGGGGUUUUGGGACAAAGGAUAUCCAAAUAAUUAUCCCAUCAACGAUGAGUUCUACCAAAAUACGACCAAUAAGUACUUUCACAUCACUGUCCAUAAAACUUGGAGUGAGGCUCAGCUCUACUGUCGGGAUAACCACACAGACCUGGCCAGUGUGAGGAACACAACAGAGAGGGAGGCCAUAAUGAGUACCUUCCCUGACGAAACUGGUUUGUACAGAGUGUGGAUUGGCCUGAAUAAAUCUCUUGGAGUCUGGAGGUGGUCCGACCAGAGUGGCUCCUCCUACAGAAAGUGGGAGUCAGACGAGUCGAACAGGGCAAAGAAUGGAGACUUCUGUGCAGAAGUAAAAUUGUCUGGACGGUGGAAAGAUGUAGGAUGUAAUAACAACUCCACCUUUAUUUGCUACGAUGAUGAGCUGGUCCUGGUCCUAGAGAACAAGACGUGGUCAGAAGCCCUGUGGCACUGCAGAGACCUGGACAUGGAGCUGGUGUCUGCCCACAACCAGAACAUCCAGCACUGGGUCCGACAGAGAGCCAAGAAUGCCUCCACUCCCUUCGUCUGGCUGGGCCUGAGGUACACCUGCACCCUGGACUUCUGGUUCUGGGUCAAUGGAGAAGAGUCCUGCUACCACAACUGGGCCGACGGGGAGGGCUACAACACUGGCAAGGAGCAGUGUGGGAACACAGGGGCCAUUCAGAGAGACGGGGGGCAGUGGGUCGGUCUGCCUGAGACUAUGAGAUUCAACUUCAUCUGCAGCAAAAGUGAUGGUGAGAUUUGA